AUGUCGAAUCACGGCGAGACAACGCCCGGCGGGAACCAACCGCCUGAUCCCAGAUCAGGAGGAGGCAAUAAUACCCCCGUCGACAAUACACCGGCGGGAAACACUCCUCAAGAUAGAGCGAUCAUCAUAACAGAUGGGGAACCCGUCGAUAUGCGACGUCCCAUCUCCAACUCGCCGCCGGUCUUCAUAAGUAACGAGGAGUUGCUUAAAGAAUUUCACUAUCUGAGAAACAAGGCGAGAGAACAACAAGCGCUCAGAGAGCGAAUCGUUCAACUUGAAUCUCUUGUGCCCGGAACACAUCGUUCCGGGAAGCAACCCUUUGAGGAAGACAGUCAGUCAGGCCACCACGAUGAUAGGAGGCAUGUGUUUGUUCCACGAAACUUGUUUGCAUCAGGUGGCCAGACCACCAUUGGAGGAGAAGGUGCCAGAGAUGGAGGGAGACCUCCGCAAGAUAGGCGAGCGGCUGCGCAUCUGGAAGAGGCCAGUCGGGAUAUCAAUUCUCUGGCGGAAAGAUACAGAGGAAGAGUCAGUAGGGCAGAUCUGCUAUCCCUAAUCAAGGAUCUUGAAAGUAGGCCUGAGUACGCGAGUACCGGGUCAAGAACAACAAGCACGGGCCGAGAUGGGCAUAGGAAGGAAGUUCCACAUGGGUCAGACUCAAAGGGCUAUGACAGAUCAAAAGAACAAGAACCCCGUGGCUUGGGUGGAAGAACAGAGCGAGACCCAAUUGUGCUUGAAGGACGGCAGAGUCAUGGAGGAACGCGCGAGCAUGCGACGUCUCCGGGCAACGGAAUGAUUCAUCAACAGACCAUUGCCGAUCCUCAUAUUCAAGCCUCAUCUCAGGCCAAUGUGCCCCCAUCCGCUCAGACUCCCGCUAAUCAAUCCAAUCCUCUUGCCACGACAAGUGAUUUCACGACUACCGGAACACUACCAUCAACGACUCCGCCACAGCCAAAUGUCCAAACCAUUCCAGGCAUUGGAGCUAUUGAUGUCAACAGCCUUAGAAAGCUUCUAGCACACUUUGAUGGAGGCCAGACAUCUCUCUCAAGCCAAGCCCUAUCACCAUUCUCUGCCGAAGUGAUAGAAGCUCCACUGCCAGCCAAUUACAGAAACACCACGUCUGAUCUAAAGUUUCAUGGUAAUUCGGAUGUUGUGGAGUUUCUUGGAAGGUUCAAUGUUGAAAUGGGUGUCUACCAGAUACCGGAUCUUGUUAGGUGUCGGCUCCUUGCUUCCACAUUCAGGGAUAACGCCUAUCAAUGGUUCCGGAAGUUGGAACCCGCAUCCAUCAUUACUUGGACAAACAUGCAGACUAUGUUCUUGACUCAGUUCCAGGCAACCGUCAAGUAUGCUCCACCGGUCACCACUUUGGCAAACAUCAAACAGAAGGAAGGAGAGACUCUCCAUGCUUACUUCAAGCGGCUUCGAGUAGGAACCGACUUUUGGAAACACUUGCAAGGCAAUGAUCCCAAGUCCUUAGCGGAUCUUUAUGCAAGGGCUGAAGCAUACAAGAAUGUCGAGCAAUCACUGGCUGAGAGUAGGAAGAAUGAGAGAAGCCCUGUUAAGGCCCGGCAAAAGAGGAGAGACCGGUCCCCAAGUCCAGAACAAAGGGUGAGGCGACGAAGUCCCAAUCGGGUCAACACCACGUACAAAAGGAACUACACGCCUCCUAGGGAUCAUGAAGAAAGAGGAGAUCAUUGGACAUCGCUCGCUGCACCAAUUGACCACAUCUUCGAAGUUAAUCGAGACAAGGGACUCUUUCGCAGGCCAGCACCACUAAAUUCUUGGAGAGCCAAGAAUAAGGACAAGUACUGUGAGUACCACGAAUCAACUGGGCAUGACACCCAUGAAUGUAGGCAACUGAAAGAAGAGAUCGAAUCGCUAAUCAAAGAAGGUCACCUUAAUGAGUGGAUAGUACGUGAAGCCCGAUCCCGACGGGAUAUUCGAGCCAAAGACAAGAGAGGACUUGGUUAUACUAGUGAUCAAGAAAGGGGGAAGCAAGAAGAUAUCCAGUUCGUUAAGGAAGGGAGCAUUCAUGUCAUCUUUGGAGGGCCACAUUUGGCUGGUAAGGGGACCAAGGCUAUGGAGAGAUAUGCAAAGGAAGCUAAAGGUAGGCCCCUUACCAAUAUACAUAAUUUGUCAUCUAGGCCUCCUAAGAUCUUUAGAGGAGAAGCUAUUGACAUUACUUUUUCAGAGGAAGAUGCCAGAUGGGUUCACCACCCGCACAAUGACGCCCUAGUGAUCGCCCUUCGUAUUGGCCCGAUGAAUGUUCAUCGAGUGCUUGUUGAUAAUGGUAGCUCAGUCAACAUUCUUUACUACAGCACCUACCAGAAGCUGGGCCUCCCUGACAAGGAUAUGAAAGUUGAGGAUGUGUACAUCUAUGGGUUUGGAAGAGAAGCGGUGAAAGUGAAAGGAACAAUCCGGCUACCAGUGACCCUAGGAGAAGGAACAUGUUCGGCCACCCAGGUCAUGGAUUUCAUGAUUGUAGAUCACGACUCAUCACAUAACACCAUUGUUGGGCGACCCCUACUAAAAGAAAUGAGGGUGGUCACAUCAAUAUACCACUUGUUUAUGAAAUUCCCAACACCGGGGGGAAUUGGGAUCGUGAGGGGGUGCCAAUAUGACUCCAGAGAGUGUUACCUUCAAUCCCUCAAAGGUUUCAGGAAGAGUAGAUCAUUGAAAGAACCCGCUGAUGCGAACGCUAGUGAGGUGGUCAACAUGACUUAUAUUGUCCAGUUCCCUGAUGAAGAGGAUAGUUUUAAGCGAAUAAAAGGGAAGGAAAUGAUGGAGGUAGAUUCGGAUGCGGAACUUAAGCCUUGCUCUAUAUGGGAAAAAGGGGAGACGUCCAGAACCAAAGAAGAGUCUGAUCUAGACCCAAGGUUGCCCCUGGAGUCAACCAAGACCGGCCCAGCUGAAGAUACAAUUGAAAUCCAAGUGGGAGAAGCCAAAGAAGCCAAGGUAUUAAGAAUAGGUUCCAAGCUAAAAGGAGAGUUGAAGGCGAACCUUAUCCAUUUCUUGAGGAGCAACUUGGAUGUUUUUGCUUGGUGCCAUGCCGACAUGAUAGGGAUAGACCCGGGGAAGAGAAGACCCGUUAGUGGAGAAAGGGCCCAAGCACUAAAAGAGGAAGUUGACCGAUUGUUGGGUGCCAAGCUAAUUAAAGAAUCAUUCUACCUUACAUGGCUGGCUAAUCCUGUCCUUGUUAAGAAGCCUAAUGGGAAAUGGAGAACCUGUGUUGACUUCACUGAUCUCAACAAAGCAUGCCCAAAGGAUAGUUUCCCACUCCCAAAGAUAGAUCAGUUGGUAGAUGCCACGGCAGGACACGCCUUGCUAAGUUUCACGGAUGCCUAUUCAGGAUACAAUCAGAUACCCAUGCAUGAGCCAGAUCAGGAACAUACUUCAUUUAUAACAGACAGAGGGUUGUACUGCUAUAUAGGGAUGCCGUUCGGACUAAUUAAUGCUGGAGCAACUUACCAACGCCUUGUGAACAUGAUGUUUAAGGAACAGAUCGGUAAGACUAUGGAGGUUUAUGUGGAUGACAUGUUGGUCAAGUCCAAAGAGGCGCAAGAUCAUAUUCAACAUUUAGCUGAAAUGUUUGACAUACUCAGGAAACAUCGAAUGAAGUUAAACCCGCAGAAGUGUGUGUUUGGAGUGGAGUCCGGUAAAUUCUUGGGUUUCAUGGUAAACCAUUGGGGGAUCGAGGCUAACCCUGCAAAGAUCAAGGCGCUACUCGAUAUGAAGCCUCCUCAGAAUGUUAGGCAGGUACAGAGCUUGACAGGCAGAAUAGCGGCAUUAAAUAGAUUUGUGUCCAAGUCCUUUGAUAGAUGCAAGGAGUUCUUUAAAGCUAUCAAGGAUGCAGGAUUAACGUUCGUAUGGACAGACGAAUGUGAGGAGGCCUUCCAAAAGAUAAAGGAGCAGUUGGAAAAGCCACCUCUCUUGGCCAAGCCAGUAGAAGGAGAAACAUUGAUCUUGUACCUGGCUGUUUCAAGAUACUCUGUCAGUGCCGUCCUUGUAAAGGAGGAAAAGGAUGCCCAAUUUCCGGUGUACUAUGUUAGCAAGAGGCUUCAAGAUGCUGAGACAAGAUACACCGGCAUGAUAAAGUUAGUAUAUUCUUUGAUCUUAGCGGCAAGGAAACUUCGCCCAUAUUUUCAGGCACAUAAGAUAGAGGUAAGAACCUCCUAUCCCCUGCGCCAGAUUAUGCAUAAACCUGAAGCAACAGGAAGACUUAUGGAGUGGGCUGUUGAGCUAGGACAGUUUGACUUGGAUUACAAGCCUAGAGCUACUAUCAAAGGUCAAGCCCUGGCUGAUUUCUUGUUGGAAUUUGAAGAUGAUGCUCAGGAGUGGGCAAUAGAUGAUGCAUGGUGGAAUUUGCAUGUCGACGGAGCUGUCAACUCGGAUGGAGCUGGAGUGGGGAUAGUUUUGGUCAGUCCCGGGGGGUGUCGACUAUUGAACGCCAUCCACUUGGGGUUCCCCGCUACCAACAAUGAUGCAGAAUAUGAGGCUUUAAUUAAUGGCUUAUCCCUAGCUAUAGAAAUGAAGGCUAGAAACCUUAUUGUGUACAGUGACUCCAUGUUGGUGGUCGACCAGGUAAAUGGGGGGUUCUUGGCUCGAGGUUGGAGGACGAACCUAUACAUGACCCGCACGCAAGAGGUGAUGAAGAAAUUCAAAGAGGUACAUUUGGAAAAGGUCCCUCGCGAGAAAAAUGAAGGUGCUGAUGCAUUGGCAAAAGCCAGUUCUAGGAGGGACACCAGGCUAUUGGGAACUAUUCAAUUCUGUGUUCAGGAGAGGCCAAGUGUGUCAAAAGCACAGAAGGUAACACGAUUCAGAGAAGAUCUGAUGGAAGUCGAGGAUGAAGUUGUGGAUACCUGGAUGACCCCAAUACUUAAGUUCAUCCAGAAUGGCCAGCUCCCAGAAAGUGUAAAGGAAGCCCGGAGUCUUAGAUACAGAGCAGCAAGAUUUGUGAUAUAUGAUGGUAUCUUAUACAAAAGAGGGUUCAACCAACCAUUGCUGAAGUGCAUCGCAGGGGACGAUUGCAACUACAUCUUAAGGGAAGUGCAUGAAGGAAUAUGUGGCAAUCACUCGGGGAGGUAG